AAUACACAAUGGCUGCGAGGCUCUGCAAGACGAUUGUUUAACUUGAGGCUGCACUAUGUCCGUGUGAAAGGGCGGGAUCGCCGAUGGAGGAGCCGCGCGGCCACACCAUGAUGCUUCUCAGAAGAUGUGCUACAUCUGCUCCUUCCCGAAGCGCGGCCGGACACCAGAGUGGAGGCCGCGGAGCCGGUGGAGGCGGGGUCGGGCGGGGCUGGCCGGAGGCGCCCGCCAAGCUGAGCCGCAGCAGCCGCCGCCAUCUGCUCCUGCCAGGCUACCCUCCCUCGAUGAUGCAAAUCAAGCUUGAGCGGGGACGAUGCGAGCGGCCACCUCCUCCCUCGGUGAGAACCCACAUCACUACCCUCUCCUCCCUCAGUUGCUCGUUGUCGAAAGCAUGUUGUGGCGCCACAGCCGGAGGAGGCGACGGCUUCGCGGCCAUCUCGCUCCUGCACCCGCCGCUCCCCACCGCCACGCCCGCCGCCGCGGGGCCGGGCGCGCAGGAGCCGCUCAACUCGCGCGUCGAUGGUAGCAGCAACAACAACUCGAGGAGCUUCUGCGUCGAGAUCGGCAGCGUGAGCAACCGCCGCUCCUCCGCCGCGGGUGACGACCUCCGCACCUACUCGCUGGGCUCCUUCGACUACCGCGUUGACGAGGAGGUCCAGGCCGUGGUGUCCCACAUCACUUGCCCCGCGGUCUCGGCAGCGGCGGCCAAGUCGGCGACCCCCGUCGAGGCGCUGGCGGAAGCGGCGGGGUCCAGCGGGUGGCGGGCGGAUGCGGCGUGGCGGCGGCGGGGCCCAGCCGAUGCGGCGGGGUGGCGGCGGCGCGGCGGAUGCGGCGGGGACCGGCGGAGGCACUGGCGGUGGGAGCUCGGGCGGAGGCGGCGCGGAGGAGAGAGAGGGGAGGGGGCCAGGGGGAAUUGGUCUAUGGGGAUCACUUUUAGCCCAUUUUAGCACACUUGGAGGGGCUAAUGGAUUAUGGGGGCUAAAGUUUAGGCUCCCUGUUUUAGCCCUCCUGUUUAGGAGGAAGGGGCUAAAAUCUAGCUAAAAUAGGGGGCUAAAGAAACACCCCCUUAGUUUGAAGGCUUACUGCACUGCCACACUUCUUGAUUGCUUCACUGCAAAUGAUUAUUGAUGUUCUCAGAAUGAAAUCUGUGUGUUCU